AUGGACAUACCGGUCCCCAGGAGUCCUACGCUCUCUGCGUUCCCCGAUGCAUCUGUGGUGCGACCGCCAAGUACACAAACUUACGAGUUUAGCAGCCCGCCAAUUUCUAAUACCACCACCUAUACACCCGGAACGCCUGGAAAUGAGUACGACCUGUCCAAAAAAGCGUACGUGCUUGUGUUCCAUCAUGACAUAUAUGAUGACGACAUAUAUAACAGAAAAGGCAGCUCGGAGGACAUGAGAAAAAUCAAAGAGAUCAUCCGAUAUUAUCGAUGCGAUAGUCCUGAUAUCAAUGAAAAUAAAACCGUUCGGGAUGUACGCAGGAAAAUGGAAGAAAUAUCCAAGAAAGACUUUACCGAGUACAGCUGCCUGAUUGUGUUUAUUAUGAGUCACGGAAAUGAGCAGGAUUCGAUUAUGGCGUACGAUGGCGAUAUGUACUUAUUGCAGAGUGAUAUUGUGGAGCACUGUACUUCGAACCGCACAUUGAACGAUAAGCCGAAAAUGUUCGUCGUGCAAGCUUGCCGAGGAGAUAGGAAGAUCGUGGCCGAUGCAACACGCUCAAUGAGCCACAAGAUCGACAUAAUUAUUUUUCAAAGCUCUUAUAAUGGAGCUGUGUCAUAUCGCAACGUUAUAGAAGGAAGCCUCUUCAUGCAAGCCUUCCUACAGUUGCUGCAUGAAAACAACCAGCAAAGCAUCCUCGACAUCAACGAAGAGCUAAACAGAGAGUUCAAAGCGAAACACAUACUACAAACCCCGACAAUGACGUCAACGCUGCAGAAAAAGUUGAUAUUUGGUAAACUGCUUCGACAGUCUUAGCUCAUUCUGAUCAUCACAUGGAAAAUGGACAAUGGUACACGGAAAAUUCAAUAUCUAUUUUUAUUACACAAAGAAACAACAUUAUGAUGGUGAAGGGUUUAUGGAUAAAGCAAUAUUUUAUAACUCAUAACGCAUUACAAAUAGCUAAAAGACAUCGAUUAGUACAACAUGUUAUGCAAUAUGGAUUUUCGAUGAUCUUAAGACACAAAUCAGUUAUAAACAAAGUGAAUGAAAGCAGUCAGGAGUAGAACGAGAUAGCAAGAAAAAUGGCGUUCUCGAUACAUACACAAUUAUGUUUGCAACGGAAUUAAUGUUUUAAAUUAUGGAAUUAUGAGAGAGAGAGUUCUUCCAAAUGCGCAGCAAAACAAUAGGAAUUGUUACCAACAUUAAAA